GCAAUAAUCUCGGCAGAAGAUCAAAAAUGGCAACUUGGAAAUUUAUCAUACGAUCCGUCUUGUUUUUUCUCGAUCUAGCAAUGCUUCUAGCAGCACUUGCUUUGAUUGCCGUUGGAUUUUGGAUGGGUUAUGACAGUUCAUUUGACACCGAUUUAAAGAAUGUCAUAUACAAGUAUGAUGAUCCAAAAAGCCUUGCUGAUGCUAAAUUUAAUAUUCGUGUUUGGCUCAUCGUUGUAUUCUGGAGCAUUAUCGGCCUUUCUUUGGGAGCCGUUGUCACAGCUGUUUUGGGAAUGAUUUCAAGUGUUUGGCCAAAACGAAAGGGAUUUAUGAUAACUUAUCUCGUACUGAUCAUAGUUCUAGUUUCACUAGAAAUUGGAUGUGGAGUGGCUGUUCUUGUAAGAAGAAAUUCAUUGCAUGAUAAUACAAACAGUUUGAUUGAUGCUAUGUAUACUACAAACUCAGUCAAUGAUUUGAAGAUUAUUCAGGAUAAGUACAACUGUUGCGGUAUCGAGAACUCACUAUUCAACGUUAUGUAUUGCGGUCCAAUGUCCCAAAAGCCUCAUUGUGAUGUGGCAGUGUUUGAUAGUGUGGAUAACACUAUGAUGAUAUCUGGAAUCAUACUUCUUGUUAUUCUGAUCCUUCAAACUAUUGCUAUCAUUCUUCCAGUUCCCAUAUUGAUUUCAAGGAAGAAAACCUACAAGUACAGUUACGAGCCAAGAGUAACCCAACUUGCGGACAUCACCGAAGACACUCGUUUUUAAAGACGAACUACAGUACCCUUGUCAUUCAUUUGUUCUGAAUCAUUCCACACGUUGUAAUGUGUCCUGAUUACAUGUCAAUUUCAUUACUGUAAUUAUAGUCUUGUUGUUAUCUACGGGUUAAUCAUUGAGUAAACAUUU